UGUCAGCGUCAUUAUCAACUUGACUUGGCUUGAGGGAAUUUUACCCACCUUUGGAUAGAGAGAGAGAUAGAGAAUCUUGUCUAGGGAGCUACAUUUUAAAAAUGCAACAGUGCAGGACAGAGCUAGAAUAGGAAAUCUAUAAUAGAAAACACUGAACAAGCCUGUGUUAAGAGACUGGACUGGACCCAUUUGUUAGUGGAGACGUUUCUGUCUAAGAUGUUUCUGUAUUUAAACAUCCUGGUCCUGCUCCUCCUGCAGACGGCUCUGUCAGGCCCACUGACCACACCAACCAGAGGAUGUCCCACCUGUAAAGGAAAGCACUCACAGACUCAGCCGACAGUAGAUGUAAAUGCCACCAGUCUGGCUGUUGGAGAACCGUGUGGUGUCUACACUCUGAGCUGUGCCUCUGGUCUGCGGUGUGCACCUGCAGAAGAUGAGCCGAGGCCCCUCCGUGCUCUGCUGGAAGGAAGAGGAGUCUGCAGCAACGCCAGCAGCGUCAGCCCGACUGAACAGGUCACCACUGUGGACUCAGCUCCUACUGAGGAUCCAAAUGAGGCUCCAUGCCGUAAGCUACUAACUACCCUCAUCAGAGGUCUUGAUGCCCAUUUAUUUAAGUCACAUCAUGAUAUCUACAUGCCCAACUGUGACAAGCGUGGGUUCUUCAGAAAGAAGCAGUGUUGGUCGUCUCGGGGUAAGCAGCGUGGAAAGUGUUGGUGUGUGGACGAGAACGGCAUGCUGGUCUCCUUAAACACCAAACAAAAGGGCAGUCUGAAUUGUUGAAAUGCAUGAAGGAGGGUGAAGCUUCAGUACCAGUUAGGAUAAAGAUGAAGGAGCACCAAACAGAGUGUAAAGGAACUGAACACAGCAUCUCAUAUGUCCAUUCUCCAUCAGCUGAAUGCAGCUCUCCACCACUGGGAAGCUGCUUCCCAAACAGGUUAAACUUUGUCUCCUUGCGCCCUCUACUGAACGUAUGCAAACAUAGUUAUAUUAUUUAACAUGUAUACUAACAUGAAAUUAUCCAGCUACAUUUUAGCAAGAAAGUCAGUUAGGUCAGUCUGUAGUAACCUUUGUUUUCUGUUACGCAACAAUUUAUCUCUGCUUUAAUUUGUAGAAACUGCACUUCAACAGUUUGGGCUCCAAAUGUCCAAGUUGUUCACCUUUUCCUGUGUCACCAACCAUGUUUCUGGAGUAAACUGAAUUGGAAGCAUGAUCGCUUUCAGUUUAGGUUUGCUUAUUUGUUUUUGAAUGUUUUCACUGUUUAGUAUUUAUAUAUUUUACAUAUUCUUUUUGUUUUGUUUUUUACUUUGAAGCCACUGUAACUUUACUGUAUUUGCUGUAUACAAUCUCUACAUGUAAUCCUAUUUAUGCUACUUAAAAUAUUAUAUUCUAUUUAUGUUAAUAUUAAUAGUACCAUCAGUGAUUACCAACAAGAGCAGACAGCAGUGUUUUUUUUUUUUUUAGGCAUUUUGAGAGUUUGAAAUGUUUAUGGUUUUAAAGAAUUUGGGGGCAUUAUUACUUUUCAAGACUGAUGCUUAUGUACAGUAUUACAAAAGUGUCCACGUGGGACUUAUUUUUUUGUGGAUUGUAUGGGUUGUUUUAAUAAUAAAAUGAAUUAUGAAAAA